CACACAUCUAUCAAGUCAUUAGUUACCAUUGCCAUUGAUCCAAUUCAUAUGCAAAACCCUAAGAUGCUUUCACUGUACUGCAGUCCCAACAGUGAUAACUUGGUUUUCAGAUCUAGAUGCCAAACUUGAUUUUGUCCCUCAGUCUUUGUUAGCUUUUGGCCCAUUCUUAACUAUUGUCUGAACUACUUAUUUGGCAUUCAUCGUAUUCUGACUUGUAUUGUUUUGAUUUUAGAAAUCCAUUCACUAAUCAUGUUUCUUUUCUGAUGCUAUACAUAUAAAAAUUAAUUAGACCUGUACAUAUGAAAUUAAUUAGACAAGUCCUUCCCCACAAGGAAUCUGUCUAGUCAGAAAGUAUGAGGACUUAUCUGAGCAAGAGCUUGGUGAGCUAUUUAGAUGCAACUCGGUCUGGACAGCUUCAGACAUGCUAAUUGCCCACCUGAGUCGAGGGAGCACUGAUUUUUCUGUUUGGAUUAUAUUUUGGCCCAAAUCUAGCUUCACACUAGGAAGAGUAACCUCUGGAAGAUAGGAUGCAAAUAACUUGCCUUAAGUGUAGGUUAGCUCCACCCUCAAGAGAUAACUACACAGGAUGAAGGUCCAAUAGGGUUUCCAAUGCCUGUCUUAGAAGGGAGUCUGAAAGUAUGGUUCAGGAAUCACAGUAGUGUUGUUUUAUCUCGACAUAAUUAUUUUGUUAUUUUGCUGUUUUCUAGUAGUGAUUAGCAGCAAAACUGCUACAGAGAAAGGAACUUACAUGUUUUGCUUGGAAUAGCAAAAUGAGAGAUGCUGGGUGACUGUGUCCCUCUUCAACCAAGACUUAAGGCACGGGAACCCAGAGGAUAGGGAACCCAGAGGAUAGCGUGGAGGUUUGGAAACUGAGAAGGGAGGGAAAUGGUUUGAGUUCCUGGAGUCUGCCCUAAGGAAGAGAGUUAGGAACUGUCUUGGGCCUAAGCAAUAGAAAAACCCAUGUUCUCAAUCAGGAGACAAAAAACUGGCCAUGACAAUAUAGCUGGGACAAGUACAAACAGUUAUUAGGGGAAGUCCAGAAGAGGGGUGCCUAGGCUCAGCCUCAGGAGAGAUUAGGAAAGAUUCCUAAGAGAAAGUGGUCCUCACUCUUAGUCCUGAGGGACAGUGUAGGUAGGGGAAGAGGGUUCUCUAAGAAGAGACCACAUAAUGAGCAUAACGGGUGAGGUCAGGGAACUGCAAAUAGGUUGAUCACUACUACAGUGAAGGGAGUUUGUUGGGACCAGGCAGGAGAUGAUAUUGGCACAUGUAGGUAGAGAGGGUCCUUUGUACCAUGCUGAGACCUGAGUAUGUGUGUGUGUCCUCAGUCAGGUCCUUGGGGACAGAAACUCUUUAGUGUCUGAUACCAACAAUAGGUACUCGGUAAAUGUUGUGGGACUUGUGUGCUAUACAGGCUCCUUUCGGAAAGGAAACCAAACCAACUCAAAUUUCAUAAGGGGAAGGGUAUCAUAGCAUAGAUAAUGAUUUCCCAGAAGUCCAGGAAGGCCAAACGAAGCCAGUGGAAUGAUAGCAUUACAAUCAAAGCCAAUCUCUACUCUCUCAGCUCCUCUGCUCCAUUCCCUUUUACUAACUGGCUUUCUCUGCCUUUGCUCAUAGUCUUUAUUUUUUUGUGGCUUUUCUUGUGUGGGACCUAUAUGCCUGCCCCACCUCUGACUCUGUGAUCGUUCAUCUUUUGUAUGAAAAGCUGAGAAAGGAAUCUGCUCAUAAUUUUGAGCAAGGCCCUGAGGCAUGGGUUAUUGAUCAGGCUAGACUGCCCUUUGGUCAGGUGCCCUUCAUAGUCACGUCGUGUCCAGGAUGGGGAUGGGGCCAUUUAUGGUACAGUGCAUGGCCACCUGAGUAUAUUCUACAACUAGGACUGUGAACUGGGCAAAGCAGGGACCCCAACACAUGGCUAGCUCAUGAAUUCUAAUAUUUAAUGAAUGCUUUUUAUGUGCUAGGCAGUGAAGAUUCAUGGGCAGAAAUAAAAGGGGUGCUUUACAAAAGGUUUUUGUGUCUGUGUAGGGUAAUAUCUGAGUUAUAAUUUGAGCAUUUCUAGUACCUUUCGUGAGAGUUACCUAAUUCCAUUUGACUAGAUAGUCAUUAGGGACAGAAAGGUGAAUUCAGAGAAGAUCCAUGAUAAGUAAGUGGUCCAGCUCCAGACUAAACAGCAUUCUAAUUAUCUUUGUGAACUCACUUUCUGUUUAUUUUUUUGUCUGAAUCCAGUGAACAUUAGCUGGACCUGAAAGCAUUAGGGUAGUUUCACUGCUCUUAAAACGGUAGCUCCUAAAAUAUAUUUAAUCAUACUUAUAGGCAUGAAGUCAUUUAUUUCUUCUUUCAGUCAUAUUUUUUUUUUCAUUUAUCAUUUAUUCAGCAUCUUCCUUCCCUUGGUGCUGGAUAUUCAAAGAUUAAUAAGACACUGUUCUAAGGAAUCCCUCCAUCUAGUAGGAAAAACAGAUGUGGGAGGAAUGGCACUUUAGGCUGAGGGGGAGUACUUGCAAAGAGCACAGAUGUGGGAAUAUAGAUGCUUUGGGGGGGCGGUGCUAGCAGGCAGGAGUCAGAUUUUAAAGGGUCUUGCAUUUCAUUGUACUUUAUCCUUCAGGGUGGGCAGCAAAGGGCAAGGGACAGUUGAGUGUUUUAAGCAUGGAAAUUAAAUGGACUGUUUGCAUUUAGAAAGAUCAUGCUGAUGGCUAUGUGGAGGAUGGAUAGAGGGAGGAUAUAAUUUGUGUUGGGAAACCAUUUAGGAACUUAUUGUAAUAAUUGAGAUGAUAAGAAGAGGGCCUGGACUAAAGCAGUAGCAGUUGGGAAGGAUAGGAGAGAUGGUCAGAACAAGAAGAAUAGGUAGGUAAGUUUUUUGUUUGUUUUUGUUUUGUUAAUCCUCACCUGAGGAUAUUUUUUCCAUUGAUUUUUUUAAGAGAGAGGGGGAGAGACACAUCAAUUGGUUGCCUCCCGCACGCAUCUCCCAGGAGGCCAAGGAAUCGAGCCUUCAACACAAGGUAUUGAACCCUUGGCCCUUCAGUCCAAGGUCCGAUGCUCCAAACACGAAGCAAAACGGGCUUAGACAGGAGAGAUUGAAAGAUGAUGACAGUGGUGACCAUGAUCAGAAUGAAGAAAACAGCACACAGAAAGAUGGUGAGAAGGAAAAAAUGGAACGGGACAAAAGUCAGAGCAGCAGCAAGAGGAAGGCUGUUGUCCCGGGACCAGCAGAGCAUCCCUUGCAGUACAACUACACUUUCUGGUACUCCAGGAGAACCCCCGGCCGACCCACCAGCUCACAGAGCUAUGAACAGAAUAUCAAACAGAUUGGCACCUUUGCUUCUGUGGAGCAAUUCUGGAGGUUUUACAGCCACAUGGUACGUCCUGGGGACCUGACAGGCCACAGUGACUUCCAUCUCUUCAAAGAAGGAAUUAAACCCAUGUGGGAGGAUGAUGCAAAUAAAAAUGGUGGCAAGUGGAUUAUUCGGCUGCGGAAGGGCUUGGCAUCGCGUUGCUGGGAGAAUCUCAUCCUGGCCAUGUUGGGGGAACAGUUCAUGGUUGGGGAGGAGAUCUGUGGGGCUGUAGUCUCUGUCCGGUUUCAGGAGGACAUUAUUUCAAUAUGGAAUAAGACUGCCAGCGACCAAGCAACCACAGCCCGAAUCCGGGAUACGCUUCGGCGAGUGCUUAAUCUACCUCCCAACACCAUUAUGGAAUACAAAACCCACACCGACAGCAUCAAAAUGCCAGGCAGGCUGGGCCCCCAAAGGCUCCUUUUUCAAAACCUCUGGAAGCCGCGGUUGAAUGUGCCGUGACCUUCUCCCUCUCUGGAUGGCACCAUCAUUGAAGCUGGCAUCAUCGGAGUCUCUUGUUCUGUUGGCGUGCUACCUGGAAGAUUCUUCUGUCCUGGACAAGAGGAAUUGGAAGAGCAUUUUAUGUUUUAAGAACAGGCUGACACACAGCAGCUACUACAACAGCUGAGAUCACUUAAUAAAUGGUGCUAAACUA